AUGGCUGAGAAAAAGGCUCUCUGCUGCAUAUCUGUCGACAUCGAUGCCGUUGCUGGCUGGCUCGGUUCCUAUGGAGGGCAAGACUCAACCAGCGAUAUCUCGCGAGGCAUUUUCGCUGGGACUGUCGGAGUCAGAAGAUUGUUGAAGCUGUUUGAAAAGUACAAUAUGAGGACCACGUUUUUCAUUCCUGGGCAUUCACUCGAGACCUUUCCUGAAGAGUGUGCUAUGGUUCGGGAUGCUGGACAUGAGAUAGGUCUGCAUGGCUAUUCGCAUGAGAACCCAGUCGCUAUGACGCUGGAACAACAGCAUGCCAUCCUCGACAAAACUUAUAGACAGUUGACCGACUUCUGCGGGAAGCCACCAAGGGGAAGUGUAGCGCCCUGGUGGGAGACCAGCAAAGAGGGCGCCGAGCUCAUGCUGAAAUAUGGUGUUGAAUAUGACCAUAGCUUCUCGCAUCAUGAUUGUCUCCCCUACUAUCUACGAACGGGCGACACGUGGACACCGAUCGACUACAAGAAAGAGCCCUCACAUUGGAUGAAGCCUCUAGUCGCAGGUCCAAUGACUGGUCUGGUCGAAAUUCCGUCCAAUUGGUACCUUGAUGACUUGCCGCCCAUGAUGUUCAUCAAAAAGGCGCCUAAUUCCCACGGCUGGGUAAACCCUAGAGAUGUCGAAGAUCUAUGGAGAGAUCACUUUGACUACUUCUACAGAGAGUAUGAUGAGUUUUGCUUUCCUGUGACCAUUCAUCCGGACGUCAGUGGGCACCCUCAUGUGAUUUUGAUGCUGGAACGUCUGAUCGAGUACAUCAGCAGCAAAGCAGGUGUCCAAUGGGUCACCAUGGCAGACAUCUGUGAUGAUUUCAAAAGCAACAACAAACCACCCAAAGGCGCGUUGCUCCCCGCUGAGCAUGGUGCCAUUACGAGAAAUCCUGACCUCGAGCUGCAGCAGGCUUAG